CGAGUUGGUCUUAUGUGUUGCGAGCAAUUGCAUAUGCAUUUCCCUUCGGCACCGGAUGAGACCGAGUCAAUCCAUUGAUUUGCAAUUUCGAGUGGCCCACCAUCAACCAGUCGGCAGUUGGCAUCCAGCAGAGUCGGUACUGUCCACACCGCUGUCACCGGACAGUGAGCUAAGCACGAUGGAAGUGGACAAGUGUCUUAACUUUACCAAAAACAUCCGAACGCAUGCUGCAAUCGUGGGAACACUUUUUACAUUCGGCACGAUUGUCUGCAUAGUUCAAGGUGCACAAGAGUACGGUGCUGAGGCGGAACAGCUUUCGGAGGAAUCCCAAAAUGACUUCAAGUACGUCCUGCUCGUGCUAGGCAUUUUGAAUGCAUUCAUCGCAAUCGUGUACUGGAUCGGGUUCCUGAAGAAAAAUCGUUUGCUUUUCUCCUCCAUCACCCUGUGAGCCAGCGUAAGCUUUGGUGCCUCACGUUUAUUCGCAUACUUUAUACCGUCGGCACUCCAUUACAAUUCUACCGCAUGUUGGGUGCGUUUGUUAGCGAGGACA